AUGACAUUAUUUCCUUCAGUUUCCACCGUUGGUUUUACUCACAACAAAUUUGAUCAUUCUCUUUUUAUUUUUCAUCAUGGUGCUGACACAGCUUACAUCUUACUCUAUGUUGAUGACAUUAUUCUCACUGCCUCCUCUGAUGCUCUAAGGCGUCACAUUAUGUCUCUUCUCAGCUCUGAAUUUGAUAUGAAGGACUUAGGUCCCCUCAGCUAUUUUCUAGGCAUCGCUGUGACCCGACAUGCAUCUGGUUUAUUUCUCUCUCAGCGCACAUAUGCCGAAGAAAUUAUAGAGCGAGCUGGUAUGUCAGCUUGUGCUCCUGUUUCUACACCAGUUUGUUUUCAUAUGCAUGAUCCCCGUGAUGAGCAUCUACGUGCCUUGAAACGUAUUGUCCAAUAUAUUCAAGGUACUCUUUCUUUUGGAUUGCAUUUAUACAAAUCUCCUGCAUCUAGUCUAGUGUCUUACUCGGAUGCCGACUGGGGAGGGUGUCCGGACGCUGUUCGGGCACAAGACGGUCCACUUCUGGGUAUUCUGUAUUCCUUGGGGAUAAUCUCAUAUCGUGGUCGUCGAAACGUCAACCCACUCUCUCACGUUCCAGUGCCGAAGCCGAAUAUAGAGGGGUUGCUAAUUGGUUUCUGA